GUUUCGCUACAAACGCAUGCCAGACUUUCUUCCUCUUCUCUCUCUCUCUCUCGCCCUCUGAGAAUUGAUUUCCACGUUGCGCAACAGCAAGAACAAAUUAUAAGAAGAAGGAAGAAGGAAGAAGGAGGGAAGACCCAAAAGAUUUUCGAAGGUUGCUCGCACGUCAGCUCCUCAGGCCACACGGGGUUCGCAUUCUCGCCAGAAAUCUAAACCAUCCCCCCUCUCUCACGAAUCGCCCGCCCCCUUCUCCUCGCCAAGAAUCCCCUCCCCCCAUUAAAACCCUGCGAUUCCUGCGCCUGUACGAGGCACCUAAACGGAGCGCACCGUUGUACCCACGAAUUAACGAGAGCCAAGAUGGACGCUUUGUGCCUGAACACAGGGAUUCACGCGAUCUCUCCUUCGAUCUCGGCCACCGGGUUGCUCGACGCCCGGCCGAACCCGGCCCACGUGAGCACCUUGGGCCUGUCCGCCCUCGACAAAUCGGCGGCUUCCUCUUCUUCGUCGUCGUCGUCGUCCUCUUCUUCUUCUUCGAGGUUCUCCUUCCGGUACCCUCUCAAGUCCCUGUGGUUCGGAGGCGGAAGUGGGGACAAGAAAAAGUACAAUGGGAUCGCCCUCGACGACGCCGUUCUGGUGGACAGCGGGGAGCGAGUGGCCGAGGAGGCGAAUAGGGUCGAUUCUGAGGGGCAAAGUGGGAACUGGGUCUUGAAGAUAUUGCAUGUCAGGUCUCUGUGGAAGGAGGAGGAGGAGGAGCAGCAGCAGCAGCAGGGGAAGGUGAUUGAGGACAAGGGAAAUGUGAAUAAUGUUGGUGAAGAUGAACAAGAAGAAGAAAAAGAAAAAGAUAGGGGGUCUCGUGACAUGGUGGUUGAACAGAAACAAGAUGGUGGUGAUGAUGAUGAAGACGAAGAGGACUGCGAUGCAUGUAGGAUUGGUGACCCUGAUGAUGAUGAUGAUGAAAAAGAAAUAGAUUUUGAUAGAGAUUCGUUUUCUAGGUUGCUGAGGAAGGUGCCUCUGCCUCAAGCCAAGCUCUAUGCUCAAAUGUCCUAUUUGGGGAAUUUGGCUUAUGCCAUACCCGAAAUCAAGCCGGGAAACCUCCUUAAAUACCGUGGUUUGCGGUUAAUAACCUCAUCAAUAGAGAAGAGGGAAUCAGUGGCAAAAGUCGAGGAGGAUCAGGCCCUAGAGGAUGUUCAAGAGGAAGCAGUGCCAUUGGAAGAUGAUGUUCAAGGUCAGGAGCAGAAGAGCGGUCGGAACAAACUUAGCGCAUCUGCUGCUUACCAUAUUGCCGCUUCUGCAGCUUCUUGUCUGCACUCUCAUGCAAAGAGCAUUAUUCCAUUUAAUUCCUCGAAAUCAGCAGAAGCAUCUGGUAGUGAAUCCCCUGAGGGGGAUGGUGAAAGAAGUGAUGGCAUUGAUGUGAUGAAGCCGGAUAUGGCUUCUCUCAUGGCAACUACCGACUCUGUGACUGCUGUGGUUGCUGCAAAAGAGGAAGUGAAGCAGGCGGUUGCAGAUGAUCUGAAGUCCACUCACUCAUCACCUUGCGAGUGGUUCAUAUGCGACGAAGAUCAAGGCACUACAAGGUUCUUUGUGAUUCAGGGUUCUGAGUCGCUAGCGUCGUGGCAAGCAAAUCUACUCUUUGAGCCUAUCCUGUUUGAGGGGCUUGAUGUGCUUGUGCACAGAGGUAUAUACGAGGCUGCGAAAGGAAUCUAUGAGCAGAUGUUGCCUGAAGUUCGUGGUCACAUAAAAUCCCACGGGGAGAGGGCUACUUUCCGUUUCACCGGGCAUUCUCUCGGAGGAAGUUUGUCAUUAGUCAUAAAUUUAAUGCUGCUGAUCCGGGGUGAAGUGCCUGCUUCUUCCUUGCUUCCUGUGAUCACAUUCGGUGCCCCGUCCAUCAUGUGUGGAGGCGACCAUCUUCUUCGCAAGCUUGGAUUACCUCGAAGUUAUGUUCAGGCAGUCACAAUGCACAGAGACAUCGUACCUCGAGCUUUCUCUUGCAAUUAUCCUGAUCAUGUUGCAGAGAUUCUCAAGGCUGUUAAUGGGAAGUUCAGGCAUCAUCCAUGUCUGAGUAAUGAGAAAAUGUUGUAUGCGCCGAUGGGGGAGCUUUUGAUUUUACAGCCAGACGAAAAGUUCUCGCCGCACCACCAUCUCCUCCCUUCAGGUAGUGGUCUCUAUGUUUUGAGCUGUGAGCUAUCGGAUGUCGUCAUUGCAGAGAAGCAACUCCGAGCGGCACAGAAGGUUUUCUUGAACUCGCCACACCCGCUUGAGAUUUUAAGCGAUCGCGCCGCUUAUGGUUCGGGGGGAACCAUCCAAAGGGACCACGACAUGAAUUCCUACUUGAAGUCCGUGCGAUCUGUGAUCCGCCAAGAGCUGAGCCACAUGAGGAAAGCCAAGAGAGAGCAGCGCCGCAAGUUCUGGUGGCCCCUCGUCGUGUCCCACGGCAGAGAUGAUGUCGGCCUAGCUCUGAGCAGGCCGAUCGGGUCGAUCAGUGCAGGCCACGAGCAGCUCAACUUCUCGGGCAUCUUGCAGACGGGCAAGGACUCCCUGAAGCGGUUCAGCAGGCUCAUCGCGUCUCAGCACAUGCAUUUGCUCGUCGUGAUCCUGUUCCCUGCUCGAUUGCUACUGCUCGGCACCUACGACACGGUUAAUUGGUCCUAGGUCAUGAGAUGGCAAGACGGUUAGCAAAUUCUUUAUUCAUGGUUAGCAAAUUCUAUGUCCUUCCCUUUCAUGUUGGGGAAAAUAAAUUGCUCAAAAAAUGUUACCUGUAGAAAGAAACAUUUGAUCAUGAGCAGGAAAAGAAAGAAGAAAGCAAGGUAAAAUGGAUUACAGGGGUGCAUUUUUCGGU